AGCCGGGAGGGGAAAAUCUGCCCGGCGGGUAGCGAAGCAGGGAAGUGCUGCUAGUGUCGGUGGAGGGCGCUAGGCGAGCAAGAUGCUGCUGGUGCUGUCGGAAGAGCACAAGGAACACCUGGGCUUCCUUCCCCAAGUAGAGAGCUCAGUUGUCAAUGAAUUUGGUCGUAUUGCUAUUGAGUUCUUAAGAAAAGGCACAAAUCCUAAAGUCUACGAAGGAGCAGCAAGAAAACUUAAUGUUAGUAGUGAGACAAUUCAGCAUGGAGUAGAGGGAUUAACAUACCUUCUGACUGAGAGCUCAAAACUCAUGAUAUCUGAAAUAGAUUUUCAAGACUCAAUACUUGUAUUACAAUUUCCUGAAGAAUUGAAUGCCUUAUUACUUCAGCUCUAUCUUGACAACAGAAAGGAGAUCAGGAAUAUUCUGAGUGAACUAACACCAAAGCUUCCUAGUUAUCAUAAUCUGGAGUGGAGACUAGAUGUGCAGCUUGCCAGCAGAAGUCUGAGACAACAAAUUAAGCCAGCUGUAACUUUGAAGCUACACCUUAAUGAGAAUGAAAAUCAAACGACAAAGAUACUACAAACUGAUCCUGCCACAUUGCUCCAUUUAAUUCAACAAAUGGAGCAAGCAUUGGGGGAAAUGAAAACAAAUCAUUGCAGACGAAUAGUGCGCAACAUCAAAUAGUAUUUUCAUUACAGUAAAUCUGCAUAAUUAUAGGAAGCAGUGCAUCUGGACCUGUCAGAGCAGUAUUCCAAGAACAUAAAACAAUGUUUACUAGUUGAAGUUGAUUGGGUGCUAUGUUGAUAAUGUUGCCGGAUGCAAGUUAGAAUAACUGUCAUAAACUUUAAUCAUGCAUAAAUAUUGAUUAUGUGAGCUUUUUCUGUUCUAUGUAUAACAUACAAAGGCUUUUGACCAUUUUUUUUCUUUUUCCAAUCUUUAAGAAUAAAACAUACAUAUUAACAUUGUAUAUGUUUUUGGACUUCAGACUUGUUUCUUACAGUUACUGUAUUAUUUUCUUCAGCAAAUUAAUGUUUUAUCAUGCUGUAAAUGUCAACUGAUAUUAUGUAAAAAGCAAUAUUACAAUCAUGCAUUCUAAAAAUUGCUUCAUUAAAACAAAAAGGUUCACGCAA